GUUGAACAUGUUUCAUGAUGCAGCACAUACACCAUUGGCUUUAGAUGUCAAGCUCAAAACAGUUUGCUAUCUUUCUUACAAUGGAAAGGCUGGUUAUCUAUCUAUUGGUUAUUAGCACUGCUGUGAAGGCUAUGAUGUGUCCAAAACGGUGUAUGUGUCAAAACCUAUCUCCAUCCUUCACCAUCCUCUGUACGAAGACUGGGCUUCUCUUUGUGCCUCCCAGCAUUGACAGGAGAACAGCAGAACUAAGAUUAAUGGAUAACUUCAUCACCACACUUAGAAGAAAGGAUUUUGCAAACAUGACAAACCUUAUUCACUUGACACUAUCAAGAAAUACAAUAAGUCAAAUCAUGCCUUAUGCAUUUUUUGAUCUUAAAGGCCUUCAUGCAUUACAUUUGGAUAGUAACAGACUGACUUGUAUCAAUGAGGAUCAUUUCAAAGGUUUAAUUAAUCUUCGCCACUUAAUACUCAGUAACAAUCAAUUGAACUAUAUUUCUCCUGGAUCUUUAGAUGACUUUAUUGAAACACUUGAGGACCUGGAUCUAUCAUAUAAUAAUCUUGUUAAUAUUCCUUGGGAUACAAUUGGAAAGCUUUCUAAUGUCAAUACAAUCAGUUUGGAUCACAACCUCAUUGAGUUUGUUCCAGAAGGAAUCUUCUCAAACCUUCACAAACUUGCUCGAUUGGACAUGACAUCCAACAAAUUGAAAAAAAUUCCCCCUGAUCCCCUGUUCUCCAGAAUCCCUGUGUAUGCUAAAUCUAAAGGGUCUCCAUUGUCCUCUCUGGUGCUUAGCUUUGGAGGGAAUCCUCUACACUGCAACUGUGAAUUAGUGUGGCUGAGACGCCUUACCAGAGAAGAUGAUCUAGAAACAUGUGCCUCACCACCGGAAUUGAUGGGCAAGUACUUUUGGUCCAUUAAAGAGCAGGAGUUUGUCUGUGAACCUCCAAUGAUAACACAUCGAACGCCAAAACUGGUGGUUAUGGAGGGCCAGAGUGUCUCUUUGAAGUGCAAAGCAGUCGGCGACCCAGAUCCCUAUGUUCGCUGGAUCUCCCCCGAGGGGAAGUUGGUCUCCAAUACAUCUAGGACAAUUUCCUAUGAGAAUGGAACUUUGGAUAUUUUGACUACUUCUUUGACAGAAAAAGGUACAUUUACCUGUAUAGCAUCAAAUGCUGCAGGAGAGUCUACAGCUUCUGUUGAACUUGUUGUUAAUCCUUAUCCUCAUCUUGCUAACAGUACCAACUGUGAUAAAGAUGCUGAGUCUGGGCCUUCAGACAUUCUUAUAUCUGCUAAGUCAAGUUUCCCUAAUGAAACUAAAGCUCAGCAAGAGAAGAAGGUUGUGGUUGCUGAGCUGACCUCAUCCUCUGCUCUCAUACAGUGGCCUUCCCAGCAUCAUAUCCCUGGAAUACGAAUGUACCAGAUUCAGUAUAACAGCUCCUCAGAUGAUAUACUAGUUUACAGGAUGAUCCCGGCCAUUAGCAAAUCGUUCUUCCUGGCUGAUCUGGUUGCAGGACGUGACUAUGACCUUUGUGUUCUCGCUGUUUAUGAUGAUGGAUUGACAUCUCUAACUGCAACCAGGGUGAUUGGGUGUGUGCAGUUCACCACACAGGAAGAAUAUAAGCAGUGCCGCUCUCUUCAUGCCCAGUUUCUUGGAGGAACCAUGAUCAUCAUUAUUGGUGGAAUAAUUGUGGCUUCCGUUCUUGUUUUCAUCUUCAUUCUUCUCAUGAAGUAUAAAGUGUACAACAAUCACCACAAAAAUAAAAAUACUAAAGUUAAUAAUGUCUGCUCUCAGACCAAUGGUAGUCAGAGUGGGUCAAUGGCUUAUUCUGCUUCCAAACUCACAGAGAGACGGGAAAGUUUGCAUCAGGAAUGCUCAGGAACUUCCAUCAAAGGCAAAACUGUUGUAGAUUUGGAUUGUGAACGAAUGACUCUUACUGACACAACCUUUUUAACAACUGAAGCGUUAUCUCAAUAGCAAUGUGACAAAGCAGGACACACCACACGAGCCAAGAUGGUAUUGCUUAAAACAUUUUAAUGCGAGUGGUUGUAUUUUAAGCUUCACUACUAUUGUCUAUUUUUAAGAUCAGAUGGUUUAAAAAUAUUUUUUUAAUCUGUAAAACAGUUCCUGCAUUCUUAACUAUUUUUGUUUCAAUAUAUUAAAUAUAAAGUGUGUGAUUUACAAGAUUUUUUUUACUGUUUCUUUUAUAGCAUUCACCUGUGGUAUUGAAUCAGAAGCAUAACUAUAUUCUGACUUGGUUUGUCUUUAGUAAAAAUGCACUAUUCAUUCAUUCAGUUACCAACUGGCAGCAAGACCAACUCUCAGGAACCUCAAACUUCUCUGAUAGUAGAGUCAUUUACCAGUUCAACUACCAAGCUGUUAAUGAGCAAUGAAAUGUUAUAAAAAGUUCUCAGCUUGUUAAUCCUGAGAUGUUCAUCAGUCUAUGUGCAUUGUAUAUACAUGUCAUCCACAAAAGAAAAAACUAAAGGUUCCUCCGUGGACAAAAUACUACUCCAAAUAAGGAAAAGAAAAUUGAAGGAUUUUGACAUCAUCUCGCACUAUUCACUGGUACAGAAUUGCUGGCAUAUAUUGUUUGCUUUGUAAAGGCUGAUAUUAUUCAAGACUGUGCCUUGAAGACCCUUCUCUUUCUUUUCAGUUAGGUUUACCUCACCUUAGACAGGGAGGAGCUCCCACUUUUAUUCUUCCUAAUUUAAGUCUUCAGAAAGCUACUUAAAUUAGAAAUGGUGUGUUGUGCACAUCUUUGCCAUACUGGAAACUGUGUACUAAUCUCCCACUCUCAAAUUGUGUCAAGUGUCAACCAAGCUAAUCUCUCUCUUUCUGGUAUGUUUUUAGAGGGAGGACCCACAAGUUAAAGCUCUCCUCUCCCAACAUGCAUUGCGCUAUCUCACUGUGUGGCACUGCAUCUUCAGAUAACAUUGAUAACCAAUCUCUUAUUUCUGUAGUACUGCAUGAAGCGUAAUGUAAUUGGCCAAAGGAUUAACUAUGUAAAUGUUUAUGUGCAAUUCAUUUUAACAAUUCAUAUUUAAUAAUUAAAUCUUCUUUUUGUUUAAAGGGGUACUGUCAGGUUAAAAUGAGUCCCAAAAUUAGGUUUUUGUAAUGACUUUCUACAAAACCUGAGAGCAAUCCAUGAGUUUGAAUAAAUUGUUGAAUUAAACAGCAUUCCUCUGCACUGUUCUAGCAUGUGAAUUUGAACGCAAAAUUACUAAAAAAAAAAAAAAAGAAAGAAAGAAACCCUACAUAAAUAAAAC